AAUCUCCAUCCCGACCACAGUGUGUGCGUGUGUGUGUGUGUGUGUGUGUGUGUGUGUGUGUGUGUGUCAGUCAGUCAGCGGACGGUGAGAGAGACGAAGGCAGUCAGGCAGCUCCCAUUCGCCUUAUUUAAACACAUACAUUCCUCAUCAUGACGGCUACGGAUGUAGACAUAUUUUCUAAUGAAGAAAAGCGUAACCUCAGUCUUGGCGGUCAUGUUGGCUUUGACAGUCUGCCCGAUCAGCUGGUCAGUAAAUCAGUGACUCAGGGUUUCUGCUUCAACAUCCUCUGUGUGGGUGAGACGGGCAUCGGCAAGUCCACAUUAAUGAACACCCUUUUCAACACCAUGUUUGAAAACGAGGAGGCCAGCCAUUACCAAAACGGUGUUUACCUGCGGCCCCGAACAUACGACUUGCAGGAGAGCAACGUCCACCUGAAACUGACUAUCGUCGACACGAUGGGCUUCGGGGACCAGAUCAACAAAGACGAAAGCUAUAAACCCAUUGUGGACUAUAUCGACACACAGUUUGAAAACUACCUGCAGGAAGAGCUGAAAAUAAAGCGUUGUCUAUUCAAUUACCACGACACCAGAAUCCACAUCUGCCUCUACUUCAUCUCUCCUACGGGACACUCGCUCAAGUCCUUGGAUUUAGUCACCAUGAAGAAGCUGGACAGCAAGGUGAACAUCAUCCCCAUUAUUGCUAAAGCUGACACGAUUUCCAAGAGCGAGCUACACAAGUUCAAGAUCAAGAUCAUGAGCGAGCUGGUCAGCAACGGUGUUCAGAUCUACCAGUUUCCCACAGACGACGAAGCUGUGACAGAAAUCAACUCCUCUAUGAACGCCCAUCUUCCCUUUGCUGUGGUGGGCAGCGUGGAGGAGGUGAAGGUGGGGAAUAAGAUGGUGAGGGCCAGGCAGUAUCCCUGGGGAGUCGUUCAAGUGGAGAACGAGAGUCACUGUGAUUUCGUAAAGCUGCGGGAGAUGUUGAUCCGAGUGAACAUGGAGGAUCUGCGAGAGCAGACUCACGCCAGACACUACGAGCUCUACAGACGCUGCAAACUAGAAGAGAUGGGCUUCAAAGACACAGACCCAGACUGCCAGCCUUUCAGUCUACAGGAGACGUAUGAAGCCAAAAGGAAGGAGUUUCUGGGAGACCUGCAGAGGAAGGAGGAGGGGAUGAGGCAGAUGUUUGUGAACAAAGUGAAGGAGACGGAGUCUGAGCUGAAGGAGAAGGAGAGAGAGUUACAUGAGAAGUUCGAGCAGCUGAAGCGCAUGCACCAGGAGGAGAAGAGGAAGGUGGAGGAGAAGAGACGGGAGCUGGAGGAGGAGAUGAACGCCUUCAACCGGAGGAAGGUGGCCGCCGAGACCCUCUCGCUCUCACAGCCCCUCAAGAAGGACAAAGACAAGAAGAACAGGUCGGUGAACACUGAGAACCAAUCAGGAGUCAUCCUCUCCAGCUCCAAAGUGAUGAUGGCCAAAGCUAGCAUGGAGCCCUUGAACUGCCAGAGCUGGUGGCAGGCCAUGCAGUGCUGCACCUGUCUGGUCCACAGCGACGCCUGGAGGCAGCGUCUCUUCUGAGAGCCGGCCAGCAUCAGCUGAGGAUGCCCGGACAUCAGCAGGCUGUGGAACUGAAGAAAAACAACACACCGCUUAACCAUCAGAGCCACCGAGAAACCCAAUCACUGACAGAGGCCAGGGGCUGUAUUUGUGCUCCUGAGGAAUGGUGUGUGUUUAAGACCCUUAAAAGUCGGCUGUAAAAAAUGUGCUGUGUUCGUGUUGUCUCUCGCUCAGAUUCCUAAUCCAGAUGUUUUGUUUCUCUUCAGUGCAGGCCAAAUCAAAGGCAUGCACAACCCAACAAAAUGAUUUUUUUUUUUUUUUUUGGGAAUUGAUUCACCAUUCAAGUCAGACCUGAAUACAAGUUAGCAAAAUUGGCAACCGAGAUGACACUGAUGAUUACAAUAAUGUGCACUUAUGAAACCAGGAACGUACAUUGUGAAAUAAAAUAGCGCCAAUUCUGAUUUCAUAUUGAUGCAGGUGUUUUCUAGCUUUAUCUGUUUGGGAAAAGAAAUAAGCCAUGUUGAUUGAUUAGGAAUGAUGUGAUCGUUUCACGAGUUCAGGGUAGUGAUAUAUAAUGCCUUUUCUCUUUAAAUGUUUACUGUAGAAGUGUGACUUUCCUUUGUAUCUAUGGCUGUGUGUGUGUGUGUGUGAGCAUUCACUUCUCCUGAUGACUGAAGAGUCACAUGCGCCUCGUCGGGUAAUAUAUUUAAAGUAUUGUAAAUGUGUAUAUUUAUUUGGGAGGUUUAUUUUUUUAUGCCAUUACAUAUUUUUUCAUUUCACAAGUAAUUAUAUUUAAUUAUUCUACGUGUUAUAGACGUCUAGAUAUCUAUGGGUAGAUCUCACAGAAUCAUCCCGAAAUAAUGUAUAUGCAUGCAUAAAGAAAACAAAGCUUUUUUAGAACCAUUAAAGAUUCUUUUUACAUUGUGUCAUUGUUAUUAUUCAGCACAAAAUUAAUUUAGUAAAUGUGCUUUAUAAAUUUAAGUAAUACUUUUUUUUGCACAUAAUGAUAAUGAAGAUAUAUAUAUUUUUUGCAUUAUAGUACUGAGAAAUAAGAAAAGCAUGUAGUAAUGUAUCAAAAAAGAAAGAAGAAAAAAAAAAAAAAAAAAGUGUAAUUCUAAAAUAUUUUUAUACAAGUUAUUUUUUAUGUGCAACUUUAUUUUAUUUAUUAUUUUUAUCAUGUUAAAAUUCCUCCAAGAUAUUUCCAUACAUUAAAAUAUAUUAAAGGUCCCAAAACAGGCUUUGUUUGCUUUAUGCAAAAUAUGUUUAUCAGUUUGAUUUGGGGUGAAAAAAAUACCCAUGUUUCAUGAGUUUCUCCCAUACAUUAAUUUAAUUUGAGAAUUUUUGUUUUAAGCAUCAGGAUCGUAUUCUUAACAGGGUCUUGCUUCUCAAGCUUUACACUUCUAAUGGGCAUUUAAUGACUGUCCGUGGUGUGCCAAAACAGCAAUUGCUCUCCAUUUGUUAACUGUUGCUCUGAUUAAUCUGGGGAGCAUUUUCCAAAAGCAAUAAACUCGCAAGUUACCAACAGAAUUAAGUGGAACUUGUGACCACAGUUAGCGGACGAUGCUUUUGGGAAACGUACCCCUCGACCGUGUGCAAAGAACUGAACCCCACCGUGAAGAUAAAUCCCAUUUCUGAGAGAACAUUUGUAUUUGGAGAUGUUUUGCAGGGUUAUCUAUCUGCUUUACUGCUAAAGUACAAGCCAGAUUAGUGCCUUGGCCGAAUACACACCGCAUGCAACUCAUAGCGUCCUAAAGAAGGUGGCUACAGAUUUUAACAUGCACUACAUCAAGGACCAAAUAUCGGUUUCUGUAAGACUUAAAGAGCUCUGCUGACACAUGAGUUGCGACUCACUAUGUGAAUGAAGUCCAUUGGUGUGGCGAUGUAAAGGUCCCAGUGCAGCUUGCUCAGUAUGACUCGCUCCAUGCGAAGAAUCUCAGCUGUUGAGAACUUGCAUCUGCUUUGCUCCAGCAAGUCUUUAACCGAUGCAAUCACCUGUUCACCAACAAAAACAGAUGAAUAAACAUGCUGGAAUGGUUAAA